AAAAUGAUGAUCAUCAUGAUGAUGGUUUGACAUUACAUGUUUUUCUACUGUGUCAGAGUCAAUAUUUUUCUCGGAUUUUGUUUUGAAAUUGUGUUUUGUUUGAUAGAAACAAUUGUCAACCGCCUGAGUUAUGGACGAACAACACAUUGCCAACGUUGAAUGUUUAAAUUCAUCGGAACGGUACAGUGACGGUGUUGUCAUUCUGCUGAAAUUGUUGGACAAUGUGAUCAGGGAGCCACAGAAUAGCAAGUACCGCACCAUUCGAUUGGAGAACAAAGUGAUCAAAGAGAAACUGCUGUGUCUGAAUGGCAUUCGGGAAUUGUUGGCCGGCAUCGGUUUUGAAGAGAUCGAAGGUGAACUACGUCUGCCUAGCAACCUGAUCAUUGCAAAACUGAAGAAGUUUCGAGACGUGCUAAAAGAACGACUGGAAUUCGUUCAACAAAAAUCGAACAAAAUCGACUCAACACAACGAAAUGAUGACAGCGCAACGGCCUCAUCAUCGACCAAAGACACUAGCAUUCAACGACCGACCGCGUCGAAUACCACCAAAUUGAUUGAAGUCAUUCCAAAGCGACCAUACCAUGAGCGAACCACAUUUUCUCGUGUCAUUCCAUUCAACAAUCCGUUCCUACAACAAAUGGAAACCACCUCCGAUAUGGUCAUGCAGUACGAAGAUGAGCGGUUGCUGCACGGCGGCAGAAAAGUGAUUCCAAUCGAAAGAUUGACAGACAAUGCCACAAAAAAGUUGCGGCUGAUUCAAAAGGAAAUCGUGUCGAACCGCACGUCGAACAAUCCGGAAUUGUGCCUGCGCGACCUGAUACUGUGCGAACUGACCAGAUGGUUCAAUGAGGAGUUUUUCACGUGGGUGAACUCGUUACCGUGCAAGAAAUGCGGCAACGAAGACGUGUCAACGAAAGGCAAUUAUGUGGAAAACGGUGUCCGAGUCGAGACAUUCACAUGCUGCAACGACACGUCGAAAUUCUGUCGUUUCAACGAUGUGGCGCUGUUGCUGAAGACUCGCCGUGGCCGGUGCGGCGAAUAUGCCAAUUGUUUCACAUUUUUGUGCCGAUGCCUGGGCUACGAUGCACGGCUGUGUUACGCCACCUUCGAUCAUGUAUGGACGGAGGUGUAUUCGGUGUAUCAGAAACGGUGGCUGCACAUUGACCCGUCCGAUAAUGUGGUCGAUGCUCCGCUUAUGUACCAGCACGGAUGGAAGCGAGACAUCGAUUAUGUGAUUGGAUUUUCGAGAGACGACGUCCAAGACGUCACCUGGCGCUAUGCGAACAAUCACAAGGAAUUGCAGUCGAAACGAUCAAAAUGCAGCGAAAGCGACCUACUCCAAACGAUUACGCUGUUGCGCAACAAGCGUCGAGUGAAACUGACACCGAUCCGCUGCACAUAUUUGAACAAACGUUCAAUGAUCGAACUGGUCGAAUUGAUGACGCCCAAACAGGUGACGGAAAAUGAGCGCAAGGGACGCAGUUCGGGCAGUUUGAAUUGGAAAUUGUCACGUGGCGAACAGAAUGUGAACAAUUUCUACGUAUUCAGUGCCAUUUCCAAUGAAAUCAACGAAAAACAAUUCAAUUUGAGGUACUCUUGUGCGAGGGAUAUCUACGAGCGAUACGUUCUCGUUGCUGGUCAGCCAGUCAUUUGCGCUGAAGUAAAAAACUGGGAAUCGUGUCACUACAUAUCGUCGAAUAUUUUCCGUAAGGAGGAACGUGACUGGAAAAUGGUCUAUUUGGCGCGGGCUGAAGACACUGAAACAGCCACCAUUGCAUGGAAAUUCAAUUUCACCGAAGAACAGCUGAUCAUCAAUUCGGUGUCUAUCAAAUUUGAGACGAAAACGUACGAAAACGGAGAGAUUGACCUGCAAAUCGUGAAUGAACAUGGUGAUGCAAUACAAACGAUGAGUGAACUGACCGGAUCGACAACGUUUUCCAUUAAUGUGACCAUGAAGGGCGGUAAAGGGGAGACGGCCUGGCAACACACCCAGCUGUUUCGGCAGAGAAUCGGAUCGAGCGAUUAUCCAUUUGAAAUAAACAUCACGUUCAAGUAGUGGUGUGGUCGUUCGAUGUGAUUGAGCGAUAUGGGAACGGGCAUAGCACUCUAUGUGGAACGGGUCGAACGUAUUUUGUAUUUUCUACAGUUUUAAUAAAACAAAAAUAUUUUAAUAUUCCA